AUGCCAGCCGAGCGGCCCGCGACUCAUACGAGCGGCUGCGUCGUCGUGGUCAGGGGAGGGGUGGUGGUGGCGCAUAAGACUUGCCGAGGCUACGAUCAGAGCGUCGUGGGCGAGGAGGCAUCGCCGGCCCUGGUGCGGCGGCUGUGCGAGGCGUGGCUCGCCUUUGGCUUCCAGGGGCGAGGCGGGCGUGAGUGGGCGUACUCAGCCGUGCCGCGCGGCGUGCUGGCGGAGGAGGUUCUGCCGGCGCCACACUCGGACGCGCAGGCGGUCGCGGAGGACAUCAAUUGCUGGACGGCGGGCGGAAGAACCCUCUUCAUGCACCACACCCGCUCCCGCUUCGGCCAUGCCGACAAGCGAGACACCUUUUACGACGCGCUCACGCUCCGCCCCCGCCUCGACAUCCGUUUUGGGGCGGGGCCGUUCUGCGGACUCGGCCACCUCCUGGGCCUACCCGCCGCGCUCUGCCUGCCGCUCGCCUCGCGCGCCGAUACAAACGCCUCGCGCUGGCUGAACGCGAGCGUGGUGACGCUGUACCCGUUCGGAGGCCGCCCGCAUCUCUCGCCACGCUCGGUGGAUGCCGCGCUCGCAAACGCGUGGUGCGAAGCGGGCGGACCCUACCGCUCGCCGCUGGAGUGA